AUGCACAUCUUUCCGGCGACCAUUCCUUUCCGAAGGUUUUACACCGAGGAACCGGAGCCACGGAUAAUCAAGCCGCCUCCAGACGGAGCCUUGGUUGGCUCCAUCAGCUAUGGCUUCAUCAUGAUCUGUGGGCCUCUGUCAGGGAAGCUGACAGUCAAGUAUGGAGCCAGAGAGAUAUCUAUCAUAGGCUCCCUCAUCAUCAUGCUCUCCAUUGUCUGCUCCUCCUUCGCACCGUCAUUAGGAGUCCUGUUCUUCACCCAUGGCUUUCUUACCGGAGUAGGUUCCAGUUUCGCUUUCACCCCAGGUAUGAUCAUGGUGAGCCAGUACUUCACCACCCAGCGCUCCCUGGCCACUGGGAUCGUGAUGUCAGGGGGGGCCGCGGGGGCUCUGGUCCAGACCCGGCUCCACCAGUACCUCAUAGACACCCUGGGCUGGAGGCAGAGUCUACGGGUGUUUUCUGGUGCCAUGUUACUGUGUGUCAUCACCGGCUUUACCUACCUCCCACUCAAUAAAGGUCACACCAGGAGUGUGGUGGACAAUCUGAAGAACUCUCCCCUGAAUAAGUUUGUUGUGGACUUGGGACUGUGGAAAGACACAGUAUUCCUCAUCUGGGUCCUGGCCAACGGACUGUGUAAAUUUGGGUUCUUUAUUCCUUAUGUCCACUUGGUGAAGCAUGCGGUACAGCUGGGUAUCCCUAUCCACAGUGCCACCAACAUCAUGUUGUGUCUGGGCUUGACCAGCAUGAUCAGCCGCAUCAUCUUCGGCAAGAUCUGUGACUCAGACAAAAUCAACAGACUCUACUUCAACCAGGCAUCAGUCUUCUCUGUUGGUUUGUUGUACCUGUUGAUCCCUGCUCUCCACAACUAUGGCUCUCUCGUGGUGUUCGCUCUGCUGCUCGGGGUGGCCGACGCAGGGAACUACAUCCUGCUGCCCGUGCUCACCUUCGACCUGAUGGGUGCUGAGCGCAUGCCCGUGGCAUGGGGGUUCAUGCUCACUGUCAAUGCUGUCAGCUGCCUGGGGCCGCCCUUCGCCGGCUGGAUGGAUGACAUCACGGGCAGCUACAACCUGGGCUUCGUGGUUGCCGGGGCAUUGAACGUGGCGGCGUCCAUCGUUCUAGCCUUUAUCCCUCUAGCCAAGCACUCCAUUAGGCAGACAGAGAGGAGCAUCAUCAACGUCACCAUCGACCACUCCACGCAGGAGAUCACGCGGUGGACUGACAACCUGCCCCCCAUUGAGGAAGUGCCUGUUGAGUCCAAGUACGUGAGUUACACCAGGACUAUGUUCCGUAGCCCAGACCUGUUUGAGUCCCAGCCUGAGGUGUACAGAGGAGAAGAGGUUGUGGGGGAGGCCACAGGGAAGGCUGCAGUGCCCUCUCCUGAGGAGACAAGGCUGUAG